GUCAUUCCGCUUCCGAUGUGUCGCGCAGUUCCGCCAUGGCCUCCAAGGAAGCCCGGCGUACCCCUCCGAAGUCUCGGCGGCGGCCGGAGGGGCGCGACCCGCGACAGGACAAGUACUCGGUGCUAUUGCCCACCUACAACGAGCGCGAGAACCUGCCGCUCAUCGUGUGGCUGCUGGUGAAAAGCUUCUCGGAGAGUGAAAUCAACUAUGAGAUUAUAAUCAUAGAUGACGGAAGCCCGGAUGGAACGAGGGACGUUGCUGAGCAGCUGGAGAAGAUCUACGGUUCGGACAGAAUUCUUCUAAGGCCACGGGAGAAAAAGUUGGGACUAGGAACUGCCUAUAUUCAUGGAAUGAAGCACGCCACAGGAAAUUACAUCAUCAUCAUGGAUGCUGAUCUCUCACACCACCCAAAAUUUAUUCCUGAAUUCAUUAGGAAGCAAAAGGAAGGUAAUUUUGACAUUGUUUCUGGAACCCGCUACAAGGGAAAUGGCGGUGUUUAUGGCUGGGAUUUGAAAAGAAAGUUAAUCAGCCGCGGGGCCAAUUUCAUAACUCAGAUUUUGCUGAGACCCGGAGCAUCUGAUUUAACAGGAAGUUUCAGGUUAUACCGAAAAGAAGUUCUACAGAAAUUGAUAGAAAAAUGUGUUUCCAAAGGCUACGUCUUCCAGAUGGAAAUGAUUGUCCGGGCCAGACAGCUGAAUUACUCUGUUGGCGAGGUUCCAAUAUCAUUUGUGGAUCGUGUUUACGGCGAAUCCAAGUUGGGAGGAAAUGAAAUAGUCUCUUUCUUGAAAGGAUUAUUGACUCUUUUUGCUACUACGUAAAAGAAAGUUGUUCAUUUACAUUUAUCAUGUUCAUUUCAAGUGAAACAUAAAGGAAGCCUGGUUGCUGAUUUUUAUGAAAUGUACUCUCAGAGCAUAAAUCAUAGGUAAGGUAAAUUUCAUGCAAAUCUUUUUUUCUGAAGAAAUUCCAUUUUGUAUGUCAAAUUAAAUUAGAGAAAUGAGCAGUGUUCUCAAUUUUCUGUAACAUUCUGCUGUAUUAAGUAAGACCUAUAAAUAAACCCACAUGGGGUUUUGCAUAAAACAUUGCCGCUUUUCCA